AUGGCCACACCAAUGAAGACUGUUAGACGCAACCCCUCUUAUUCUUUCCUGAAUCUGAAUCUGGAUUCCCUUGGGUGUUUAGCAAAGAAGAUUACGCCAGAUGAGUCAACCAAUUUCCGAGAAAAAUAUGGGUACAUUCUGAGUCUUCUCAAGAUGUCGUUCACCAAGUACGAGCAAGAGGGAGUUCAUACUUUGCUUCAGUUCUAUAAUCCUUCCCUUCGCUGCUUCACGUUCACCGACUACCUCUUGGUCCCAACAUUGGAAGAGUAUUCCCUAUUUCUUGGCGUUCCUAUAAAGAAGGAAGUACCAUACUAUGGCACCAUGAAGGCCCCUGAUUCCAUUGAAAUUGCUAAGGCUCUUUAUUUGAGCAAAUCGGUCGUGGAAGCAAAUCUCACUAAGAAGGGAGGAGGUUUUGGUUUUUGCAUGGAGUUUCUGGUCAAAAGGGGUUGUGAGGCUGCUGAAGCAAAGGAAUGGGACACAUUUAGGGCUAUCUUGGCUCUAAGUAUAUAUGGCAUCGUGAUGUCACAUCUGCCUGAGCGCGGCGCUUUCGUUGAUAAUAGGCACACAUCUAAGUGGGCUGAGAGGAUUAUGGGGCUGAGGGCUAAAGAUAUUGUCUGGUAUAAUAAAGCUUUAGAAGACAUGGAAGUUGUUAUGAGUUGCGGAAAGUUCAAGAACGUACCUCUUAUGGGCCUUAGAGGUGGAAUCAACUAUAACCCCGUCCUGGCUAGGAGAACGUUUGGAUAUGCUUUUAUUAGUCCACCUGAGCAAACAGAGAUAGCUGAGAACAUUUUCUAUCAUUCAGCCACCGACAAUGGGCAGAUGGCAGAAGCGAUACAAGCCUGGAAGAGUAUUUGUUGGAGAGAUAAGAAACAUUUUGGUCAGCGAGAUUGUGCUACUUAUGAGGAUUAUACUAAGUGGGUCGAGUCUGUGGUUGCUGUUCAAGGGAUGCCCUUCCCUCCCAAGGAUCCUUUAUACCCUCCUGCUGGUAAACAACCCAACAUUGUUUCCAUGCCCCGUUACAACCAAACUGUGGAAGAGAAUCGGAAGUUGACUGAACAAAUGGAAACAAUGCAAAAGAGGCCAAGAAUGACUGUGAAUUCUAAAACUACUGAAACCCAAGAGAAGAAGAUAAAGGAACAUUACGAGGCUCAGUUGGCAGAAUUGACUAAAAAGCUCCAGAUUCAGACUGAAAACGCCAAUUCAGAGAAAUCUCGUCGCAAGAAAGCAGACAAACUCUUGCUGGAUCGUCAGAAUACCAUAGAGAAGUGUUAUGAUGAGAUUCGAAAGCUGAAGGGCCAGAUAAGAGAAAAGGACCAGAGUAAUGCCCAAGUUCAAGAGGAAGCUAGGUAUUGGGAGGUGAAGAAUCGUCACAUGGAAACAAUGCACUUCAGAAAAGACCUGCUGAUUCAAGAGAUCAUUAAGAGACCCACCCGUGUUGAGACCAAGAAGCUCUUUGAAGAAAUGAAGACUUGGAGUGAUAAGAACAUUGGGGAGAGCCCCCUCCGUCAUGUGGAUAUGGAGGACCCUGGUUAA